GAGUUCAGCCGCGGCCGAGCACCGCGACGCACGCAUCUUACAUCGGCUUCAUUCAUAUUCACACUUGGGGAGUCGUGGAACGUGCCAGAGUUUAAGAGAUAAAUUGGUGCAAUCAUCCAUUUGACCGUAAACAUACUGAUAUUUUCAAUAUGAGGCCGCAAUGGCAGCCAGUGCUGGGUUGUAUCUGCAUCCUGGCAAGUUCAGUGUGCUCUAUGGUGGUGCCUACUCAGGACACCAUGGUGGUCGCCAGGUCAGAUGACGGAGCUACGGUUACCUCAGCUCUUCCUACUGAAGUAACGACUGAAGAGCCUGUACCUCCCAUCAAAUUAACUGAUAUGGAUGUAACAUCGAACAUAGCGCUGCGGUACGCCAACACCGCGGUGGUAACGAGUGUAAGGAAUCCAGCGAAGCGCGCCCAGGAAGCUACGUUUAGGGUAUUGCUGCCAGAGACAGCUUUCAUUAGCGGCUUCACCAUGACCAUCGAUGGCAAAGCGUACAAAGCUUACGUAAAAGAGAAGGAAGAAGCAAAACAAAUUUAUAAUCAAGCUGUAUCACAAGGACUGAGCGCCGGCCACGUGACUGCAAAAGCACGUGACUCCAACCAGUUUACUGUAUCUGUGAAUGUAGAGCCGAAUACGGUGAUAAUUUUCAACCUUACAUAUGAAGAGUUAUUAGUACGUCGUAAUGGAGUUUAUAAUCACGCUAUCAAUCUUCAUCCCGGUGCCCUGGUACCCAAGCUCACUGUCACCGUUAAUAUCAAGGAAGGUCAAAAGAUCACCACUUUGAGAGUACCAGAAGUCAGGACUGGCAAUGAAAUCGACGCUACAGAACAGGACGCACAAAAUACUAAAGCUGUCAUUGAAAAAACUAAUAAUGAUCGUGAAGCCAAAGUUGUGUUUAAGCCCGAUCUAGAAGAACAAAAGAGGCUAAUAGAAAUAUACAGAGAGAAAUCAAAAGAAACUCGUGCUAAUUCUCAUUCGUAUUCGUUCGGCUACAAUCCUUCCGAAGACGAUGAUAAUAAAGAUACUGAUGGUGUUCUUGGACAGUUCGUGGUGCAAUACGACGUGGAGCGACCAAAAAAUGGAGAGAUUUUGGUGAAUGACGGCUACUUUGUGCAUUUCUAUGCUCCAUCCGAUUUGCCACCACUGAACAAACAUGUGGUAUUUGUACUAGACACUUCUGGUUCUAUGAUGGACCGCAAAAUAGUUCAACUCCGUGAGGCCAUGCAAACAAUUCUUAGCGAACUAAACCAAGGCGACUAUUUUAGCAUCGUUGAAUUCGCAUCUACGGUUAAGGUAUACGAAAUGAAGGAGGCAGACAAAGAACCAGUUCAACAAAACGACUAUUUUUACUACAACUUUGACUAUAAUGCGAAACCAAAGCUGUUCCCCCCCUCACAGGCUACACCCGAGAAUAUUGCUAAGGCCAAGGUGAUUGUUAGCAGACUAACCGCCAAUGGAGGCACGAAUAUCUACUCAGCUUUGGACGUCGCAAUAGAUCUUAUUAAGAAAGGCGUAGGUUGGACACCAUCAGAGACACCAAAGGCAAAUGAGACCACAACGGAAGUGGUGCAGGAACAGACAACUGCUGCUUCAACGCCAACUGUUUCAUCAACCACAGAAAUUGGCGAAGAAUCUGAGAAGUUAGAGCCUAUCAUCAUCUUCUUGACCGAUGGUGAUCCAACAGUAGGCGUGACAGAUCCCACACGCAUCACCAAUCAUCUUACUGAGAAGAACACUGGAUUUAAUAAAGCUACAAUCUUCUCGCUUGCUUUUGGUGAGGAUGCCGAUCGUAAGUUUUUGCGUAAGCUUUCUCUCAAAAACGAUGGAUUUAUGCGCCACAUAUACGAGGCGUCGGAUGCGGCGCUACAGCUGCGUGACUUCUACCGCCAAGUUGCUUCACCGCUGCUCGCCGAUGUUAAAUUCAUUUACCCUAAAAAGCAGGUGAAAGAGAAUUCCGUGACAAAACAUCAAUUCCGUCGAUAUUACGGCGGCUCUGAAGUGGUCGUCGCAGGUGCCUUGGAGCCAACCAUUUCAGAAUUGACACCUCAAGUGAUCGCUUUUUGCGGCGUUUGGAACGAUUCAGGCAGGAAACAAUUGGAGAUUCUGCCGAAAGCACCGGUACCAGCAAAGAAAGAGAAGUUCCUGCCGUUGGAGCGUCUAUGGGCGCAUCUUACCGUGAAGCAAUUACUAGACGAACGUGAUGCCGCUGACUCAGGAGACAGUGAACAAAGCAAGGAAGACUCACCGGAGAAGAAGGCCCUAGCUAUUGCUCUCAAGUACGAAUUCGUGACGCCAUUGACAUCUUUGGUGGUAGUAAAGCCCAACGCUACUGACCAUGUCGAUGCAGAAUCCGUUGACAAACAAGAAUUUGGAGCUGGAUUCGCCGGUAUGCCAGGUUUGCCGGGCCCGUCAUUUGCACCAUCAGCAGCUUACGCCAGACCUGGUGCACCCCUACCGGUGUUUGCCACCUCAUCGUUUACAUAUCCAGGUCCACCAGAGAAAACAGUGUAUAGUUUUGUCCAUAAAACAUCAUCAUCAUUAAUGUCAGCAGACGCAGUCAUUCAGUCAGACGUGUUAGAAGAUAGUUUUGAUUACUCCGACGCGAUGCAAACGACAUCGCAGAUCGCAGCUUUCCCUAUUAUUACUACACCGGCGCCGAGACCAGAUGUUUUGAUGGUCUAUCAUCUACAAGACUACUCAUGGAUUCGACCAUUACUGGAUGCUAAAGAUGCUGUUACGCUACAAGUUAAUUCAACCACUGUCACACUUCAAUUAACUAAGGAUGACGUGCCAAAGCCUGCCGAUGCUUCAGACCCUGAUUGUGCUGUCGCAACUGACGGUGUACCCGGUGUGUGCGUAUACCUUACGCGCUGUACCGCCGCGCAAACAAUCACUGCUGAAUCGUACAGCAAUACCUAUUGCGUCGUGAAUGACAAAUAUGCUGGAGUUUGCUGUCCGAAAACUAGUGUGGACGUUGGAAAAACCCCUUAAGUGUUGUUAUCCGUUUCAAAAUAUAAAGACAGUUAUAUUAAAGUGACUGAUUCUAAUGUUGUGACUAAAAUGUGAUAGGAACAGACUUUUGUAUGGUGCUAAACGAAAUUCGCUAAUGAAGUGAAAUGAAUGAUUGCUAAGUUUUUUCCGUGAAAAUAUUUUUAUACGUAAAAUAAAACGUCUUACUU